UCUCUUCUUCUGCUGCCUUCCCUCUUAAUAUUACUUCACUUCCUCUCUCUCUCUCUCUCUCUCUGUAGGAAAGCAGAGUCAGAAAAGGGCAGAUGAGUCGUCUUGCACCGUUAUCAGAAGAACCCAUAAACGAAGAAGACUCAGCAAACUGUUCAAAGAAAGGUUUGUCAUGGAAAAACUGGCUCAAAACUCAUUUUUCUCUUGUCUUUAACAAGAAGUCUGACCUUAAGAUCCUCUUGAGCGUUUUGGGUUGUCCUCUUUUCCCUGUUUCAAUCCUUUCGAAACCACCCAUCAAUGAGGUAUCUUCCUCGGCACAAUACAUUAUACAGCAUUUUACAGCAGCAACAGGAUGCCGGAAAUCAGAAGGGAGAGUGAAGAACAUUUUUGUAACGGGAAAGGUAACAAUGGCGAUGGUAGAUGAACUAGGUGCCACAGCUGGCUCAGUGGCUGGAGCUGCUGGGGUUGCACAAAAAGGCUGCUUUGUUAUGUGGCAAAUGGUACCUAAUAAAUGGCUAAUUGAACUAGUUCUGGGUGGGCACAAGGUUGUUGCAGGUAGUGAUGGCAAUGUGGCUUGGCGCCACACACCUUGGCUAGGAGCGCAUGCAGCCAAAGGUGGUGUUCGUCCUCUACGGCGGGCUCUUCAGGGACUAGACCCUGUGGCAAUAUCAGCUGUAUUUUCCUCAGCUCAGUAUAUGGGGGAGAAGCGAAUCUCUGGCACUGAUUGCUUUGUGUUGAAGCUGUGUGCUGAUCAAGUGGACCUGGCUGAUAGGAGUGAUAGCACAGCGGAGAUGAUCAAGCAUGUAAUAUUUGGAUACUUCAGCCAAAGAAGUGGCCUGCUGGUGUUUCUAGAGGACUCUUACUUGACGAGGAUUCAAUCACCUGGAACCCACCCUACAUAUUGGGAAACCACAAUGGCUACGAAAAUAGAGGACUAUAGGAUUGUAGAGGGUGUCAUGAUUGCACACUCUGGUCAAUCAAGUGUUAUCAUCACAAGAUUCGGGGACAAUUUGAAGGCAGGCCUCUCUGUUACUCGCAUGGAAGAGAUAUGGACGAUUGAUGAUGUCGCAUUUAAUGUCCCUGGCCUCUCCAUCGAUUGCUUCAUUCCUCCUAAAGAAGUUCAGAAAGAUUUUCCAGAGGAGAGCUUAGAUUGGCGAUUGCCUUUGCAUCAAUGAUAAUGGCUGAUACUCCUUGCUACUAAUUGUUGCUUCAACAAAAAGAAAAGCAUUCAUGUUGUUAACUUUGGCUGGAGUAUGCAGUCUCAUGUAUUGGCAUGUGUAUAUAAAACACAUUAUAUAUUUUUGGGUCCCAGUGUUUGCAACUCAUAGAAGGCUUUGAAUACAUUUAACUGAUUAUGGAAUCAUCUUGUAUCACUUCAAAGUAUAUUUGUGCAAUUCAUAGUAGCUUUUUUGUGAUCUUCA